CCCCGACCGGAAGUGUAGUGGAAAAUUUCGUCGCCCUGACAAUUCGGGGUUCUCCGUGGUGACUGAACCGAAGUUUGCCGAGUUUUUCCGUCACCUUUUUCGUCGCUGAUUAAAACCAGCAUUUUUUUGCGGCAGAUGUUGAAACCUUUUCGUUGAUGUUGUUCGUCGGGACGUUUCCAGGUCGCCGGAAGAACUUUUUUUAAUCUUUUACAGCUGUUUUCAACGGCACCACUUAACGGAGACACGAAGUUCCUGAGCGGCUAACCCUGUGUAGCCGUUAGCGUCAGCAGUUAACUGUCUCACUGAGCGGAGGGGAAGCUAACCUCUCUCUGUUAUCUGACGGUGACAGAGCUGCAACGACUCUUAGUUUUGUUUUUCGGCUUCUCUUCCGGGAACGUUUCCUUUUAAUUUGACUGAACCUCAGCGGACAAAACUUUCAAACCACCUUCACCGAAAAAUGGAACCCAAGAGAAGCAGCUAACGGUCGGUUAACGGGAGGAAGAACAGUGGGAAACAGUGAAAAACAGUUCAUUUCUGGUCUUGAAGCUCUCACAGCGGCCGACUGAAGCAGCGCGUCCGGUGGGUUUAAAGUAGGCGAAUCAGUCGGUCAGGAUGCCCGGAGACUCCUCCGUCAACUUUAAUCUCCUCCACCGGACAUGUAAGCUGGUGGUGCUGCUGUGUUUCCUCCAUAUCUCUGUCACUGUCGUGUUCUACGUCCGCUCCCUGGACAUCCGGUUCGCCUUCGUCCAGAACCAGCAGUCCAGUAACAAUGCCACGCAGCGGAACCAUCUCAGAAACACCGGGUUCACUUCCAGAGCCGAGCUGAAGAAGGCCGAGUCCAAGAGAGACGGACCUGAGGCAGAGCCGAGAGACGAACCGCAGCCCCCGCAACAUCACCCGGAGGCGAAGCGGACAGAGGAGCCGGAGAAGAAGCUGCAGAAAUGCCCUGAGACAUCACCUCUGCUGGUGGGGCCUCUGCGGGUGGAGUUCAACACUCCGGUGACCCUGGAGCAGAUAAAGAAGGACAACCCUGACCUGCAGCUGGGGGGGCGCUCCAGACCCAGAGACUGUGAGGCGCUGCAGAAAGUCGCCAUCAUCAUCCCUUUCCGCAACCGAGAAGAACACCUGAAGUACUGGCUGUACUACCUGCACCCCAUCCUGCACAGGCAGCAGCUCGACUACGGAGUCUACGUCAUCAACCAGGACGGAGACGAGAUCUUUAACCGAGCCAAGCUUCUGAACGUGGGCUACAUGGAAGCUCUGAAGGACUACGACUACAACUGCUUUGUCUUCAGUGACGUGGACCUGAUCCCCAUGGACGACCGCAACACCUACAGGUGUUUUGGCCAGCCCCGACACCUGUCUGUGUCUAUGGACAAGUUCGGCUUCAGGUUGCCCUAUAAUCAGUAUUUUGGUGGAGUUUCUUCAAUGAGUAAAGAACAGUAUCUGAAGAUCAACGGCUUCCCCAACAACUACUGGGGCUGGGGAGGAGAGGAUGACGACAUCUACAACAGGUUGGCGUCUAAAGGCAUGUCCAUCUCCAGACCAAGUGGCGAGGUGGGAAAGUGUCGGAUGAUCCGACACCAGAGAGACAAACAGAACGAGCCGAACCCUCAGAGGUUUGACCGGAUCGCUCACACCAGAGAGACGAUGCACAAAGACGGGAUCAACUCUCUGUCCUACAGAGUCGUGAAGAUCGACAAAUUUGACCUGUUCACUCAGAUCACAGUGGACGUGGGGAAGCCGUGACCAGGAGGUCAUGUGACUGGACCAGGAGAGUGACGCUGCCUCUGACACUUGAAUCUCUCAGUUCUGGUCUGGAGGACCAGACGUGCUGGACUCAUCCUUUCUGCUGUUUUCUGUCAUUUUUCCUGAGACUGAAGGUCUGUGUUUUUCUCUGUGGGUCCUCGACGACUCAUCUCUGAUUGGACGCUCACUGUUACCAAUGGGCUGUCUCCAUUUGUCAGACGCUGCUGCUGUGAAGCAUCCUGAACGAGCCUUUUAUUUUGAAAAUCAGACAAUCAGAGCAGCACCAUCAGGACUGCUGGGUCACAUGGUCCAGGCUUUACUGGUCGGGGAUUCUGGGUAUCGAGCAGGGCGGUUUAGAUCUGGUCUGACCCUGAUACUGGUUCUGUUUAGUGAUCCCGAUUCUGUUGAUGUGGUUCUGAACUCAUGGUCCACUUAAAGAGACCUGAUCCAGGGUCAGAGACAAACAGCAGCAGGUUAGAGUGGACUAAACUGACCCUGUGGAAAACAAUCCCAGUGAUCCGGAUCACUGAGUCACUGCACUGAUCUGGAGACUGAAGCUACUUUCACGAACUGACAGCUGGUACAUGAUGUCACAUGAUGUCAGUCUGACUCUGUGACCAGCGUUAGUGUUAGCGUUAGCAUUAGAAAAUUCAAACUUUACAGAAACUGAUCAAGGAUCAGAACCAGAUCUAAACACCCAGUCUGAUAGAGAGUGUGUGUGUGUGUGUGUAUGUGUGAGAGAGAGAGAGAGUGUGUGUGUGAUCGGUCCCUCAAUUAAUGAUGAAACGAGAUCAGCUUCAAACCAAAAAGUCUGUUAAUGAUUAUGUUGAUUAUUGAUUGAUCAGCUGACAACGUUCAGUUAAUUGAUCAGUUAUCAGUUUAGUCUGUGAAAUGCCAUCAUAUAAAAUCAUCAUGAGAUGACCAAAAAUCGAUCAGAAUUAUUGAUUGAUUCAUCGAUUGUACAAAUGGCUGCAGAUUCAUCUUCAGCUCUACAUCCAGUUUUGAUUUGAUUUGAUUUGAUUUGAUUUGAUUUGAUUUGAUUGAUUGAUUGAAUGAUUGACUGAUUGUAUCUCUAAGUGUCCUUAUAAGAGCUGUUGGAACCAAAGUCUUUAUUUAAAGUGAAUGUGAUCAGCUGACAGCUCGUUAUUGAUCCAGUCUAAGCAAAACAAAUAUCCACCAUUUACAUGAAACAAUCAGUGUGUGUGUGUGUGUGUGUGUGUGUGAUCAUGAUGCUGUUGUCUCUGUGUCGACAGGUUUGUUUGUUUCAGACCAAAACUUGAUUCUUUGUAAAGUGAAUAAAUCACCUUUGUAUGUGCCUUAAAUCAGCCCAGUGUAACUGUUGAACUGGUGGAGGGAACCAGUCGGUGUAAAAAUGUGAUGAGGUCUGUUUGUGGAUCUGGGUCUCAAUAAAUCCAGUUUGAUGUUUGUGA